UCAACAUCAAACCAAAUCCUCAAGCCCUGACACAAUGAGCUACUACUACGGCAACUACUAUGGCGGCCUUGGCUAUGGCCUUGGUGGCUUUGGUGGCCUGGGCUAUGGUUACGGCUCCAUCUAUGGCCUUGGUGGCUGUGGUUAUGGCUGUGGCUACUUUCGUCCUUCUUUCUAUGGAAGAUACUGGUCCUCUGGAUUUUACUGAAAACCUUGCUCACCUGCAAUGAUCUAUUUUCCCUGAUCCAGAAUUCAUCACCCAGGCUGACUAUCUCCACUCUUGUUGUGUCAUGGACAUGGAGCUUCCUUCUUUAACUCUUCUGUGAUAUU